UUCUGCACCCAUCCAUAAAAAAACACCACAAAAAGCUUCCAAGUCCUCAUCGUCUUCCAAAUUUGGGAUGAGAAUUUUUGGGUAUUUUUGGAUUAUACCUGACAGAAGAAGAAAACUCAACGACUACCAAUCUACCAUCAUAUCACAAUUGGCACCUCCAUCUUUCAUGCAUGCAAUGUGUAUUUGGGGGUACCAAUCUUAUCAACACCAACUGUAUUAACCACCACCUGUCUAUAACGGAAGGCUCCCCGGACAAUUUGGAGAUUAGCUGUACUCACUACGUACUUGUGCAGAUGAUCCGUGCAUAGAACUAUCAGAUCUGAUUCAGGGUUUUCCUGUCUUUAUAGGUUUCUCUAUGAAGAGAUCUAAAGCAUCUUAAUUUCUGAUGAUCUUCAAACACAGAAAUCCGAUACAUGCAUUCAGAAUCUUAUCUUUGUAGCUAGGUAUAUGGCACGCCCAAAUUUUCAUGCUCUUGGAGUUUUGCCCAACUCUUCCAGCGGCCUUGUUCACUCACCCGGCUCCAUUCGACGAGCUCUUUUGCACCAACGACAAGAACAAAGGGUUCAUAAGGUCUCGGAGGAAUCUCUAAGGAUGUUGGACGCGUAUGGCACUGCUCAAGAUGUUCUCUUACUCGUCAAAAAACAACUGAAAGAUCUUCAAUUUACGUUUAGUCGGGGGUCCAUUGGCGAGCCGGAAAUUGGCAACAGGAUUGCAGCUUAUAAUCUCGGUAGAAAGACGUUGAAGAUAGAAACAUUGAAUCGCUUGAAUUCUUUAAAAGGCAUGAAGAUAAAAGGUAUGAGGAACAAGUGCAUUAAUCUGCACCUCUCAUCAAUAGAUGACAACCUUAAAGGAGUUGUGAAUGUGCUAAAGGAAGUGAGAAUGACUGCUAUUUCUAUAAUGGAGGUACUGUUGUCCCUCAUUUCCAUAUCAUGGCUAGAUCCCAAAUCGGCUAAAUGCUCGUUUGCUUCGAGGCUUGUUCGCCUUAAUAGACAUAGACUGAACAAUAUUUGCGAUUUGAUGGCGCUCCAGGAUACGAAUAAAAGACUGGAGGCAGUGGAGAUUGCCAUUGAAGAUCUUGAAGCGGAGUUGGAGUGCAUGUUUAGGCGUUUGAUUCAGACAAGAGUUUCACUCCUCAACAUUCUAACAAACUAGCUAGCUGAAUGGAUGCACGCAACACUACUGGAAAUCCCAUCUGAUCUCUUCAUGUGUCAGUGGACAUGCAAAGACAAUCGACCAAAGACAACCUCAGAGGCUAUUAAACUGUGAUCUGCUUCCGCAAAAGUUCAAAUUUCGCGCACGUCCAUUUUUGCAUAUAUCGUCCUGUGAUCGCUCACAGCCUAAAUAAAUCUUUUCAGGUAUCCGGGCAGUUUAUAACCAUUUAUUGGGCUUAUAUCUGACGAGUGAUGAAGACAAAGGAAGGCGACAUUUUGUUUACCAUGCGCAAUUAGCUUUUGAUUUGUGGCCAUCAGAGAGGUCAUUGUCCCACGUAUGUGGAUGCCUCAUGUGCUAGCUUGUUUCAAUAUUCAAACGGUUGUUUCAAUACCUAAUUUAUUUCCUAUAUCCAAAAUGCUUGUUUGAACCAAAGCUUUUCCAUUUCUCUGAUCUUAUUCCCCUUCUUGUUUCUAACUAAAGAACCACGCAAACGAUUGCAAUUUGGGAGGUUCUUAACUUGCCUCGAAAUUUGAGGAGAAGAUCAUAUCGGUGCCAGGAGGGAAUAACUGUGCAAUCUUUUAUUAGUUUUCAGCCAAAUUUGGUUGGAAAGGACGACGAACUACGUUACACUUCAGGUCGACGUUUCCAAUGCAAGGCAGCGAUGAAACAUGGAGUUCUUGUAAAAUAUGUACAGACCAGAAUAUUUCUUUUGAUCAGUACAGACUACAAUAUUAAUACCAAUCAAAUGUCCAUAAACUUGUUUUUUCGUGAUCUUCUUCAAAUCCAACAAGAGUCGUAUUAAUACAAGGCAAGCACAAAGGGAACACCUUGGGAAGAACCGAAAGCAAUAAAUCGCGAGAUGAACUAAAAUGAAUUGAUUCGCAAAAGAAUAAGAAAAAAGGGAAAUUAACGAAGGGCUAUAUGUAUGCGAGA